UCCUCCCCCAACCUGUGCCGCCGCCUCUCCUCCUCCCAAGCAGGAGCAGGAUGCAACCGCAUCGGGAGAGCAUCCGGGGGGGCGUUGCUGCGUGGAGCGCCGGGAGGCGAUGGUCGCGGGCGUCGCUGUGCGGAGAGCAGGUGGGGCCGCAUCAGCCGUCGCCUUGGGUCGCUGCCGCCGUCGCAGCUCCUCCAUGCCAUGGUCGUCGGACAACGCCAUGGAGCGCGUCUCCAACAAGUCGCGAAUCCGGGACAGGACGUGGAUCCGCUCCGGCGACGAGCGGAGGCGACGGCCUCGCGCGGGGCGGAUCCGCGGCGGUGGCGAUUGGAAGCGCCGGGCACGGCCGAAGACGGGCUGCGCGGGGCGCAUCCACUUCGGCGACGACCAGAGGCGACGGGCUCGCGCGGGGCAGAUCCACGGCGGUGGCGACUGGAAGCGCCGGGCACGGCCGAAGACGGGCUGCGCGAUGGCUGUACCGGGUCUGGGAAGAAGAGAAGAAGGAAGUAUCAAGAAGACCCAAGUUGUUCAUGCACGUGCCUGGGAUUCAGUGUUGGGUAGAUUAAUUAUUCUUUCUUGUUCGUGGUAUGUUUGACAGCGGCGAGACGCGGAUCAGGCUGCAACACGAGCUGCAGGGAAUGGCAGAGGAGUGGGUGUCCCUAAUGGAAGAGGGCGUGGCGUCCCUUUGCUACAGACCUAGUGGGUCAAUUUCCGAAGGAUGCUAGAGAAUACUUGGUUCGAUACUACAUGAUGGAUAAGAUGAAGGAUGUAGUGCGGCUGAAGGUCUGAUGUCGUAAGUUUUGCCAUAUGAAUUCAAUGAAGAUUACACAGGAUGGUCUGGUGGACUUAGUGGAUACAUUGCUUGUUUGGAUAAUACCGUCAAAACAUGUCUUUGAGAGAGCCCAUCUCGCAAAUACUGCUUCAAACAGAAGUAAAUAUAUGAUAAAACGAUUAUAGCCACUCUACGCUCUCCAUUAAAGAAAUGACCACUUUCGUAUGUGCUACUAGAUGGUUUACACCCUGCUUUCAGAGAUAUACGAAGGGGACAAAUGGUAGAAUUUUGUGAUCCUAUCAAACACACUGAAUUGGCGUUUCUUGCUCAACAAGUCUGUUUUGGCCAGUGUUCUCCCAUUCAGCAGCUACUUGAUAAUAAAAUGUUUAAUAUCCUCUCUUUUGUUCAGUUCGUUUAUUUUUCUAUUGUUAUCAUCUGGACCUAAAUAUAGGUCAGAAACUUGUAGAACUGUUCAGAGCUUUUCUCCUCGGGUAGCUUUGGUCAUAUUCUGGGUAUGCUGUAAACGAUUCCGUGCACAGCUCAUUUCUGAGAAACUUGUAGAUAUUGUUUACGUGUUCUGUUUAGUUGGACUGCAGCUAAAGAAUCUGCAUUUUUUUCCAGGGAACUAUGCUGGUUUAAUCCUUAGAGAUAUUGACAAAGAUAGUGGUAAUCCACAAAUGUGUGCUUCCUACCCUGCAGAGAUAGACACAAACUUAAUGGCCUCAGAGCCGAGGGUGCAGUAAACAUUGGAGGAAGGUGCCCAGCUUGUAUUUUUAGGAUGGCAGUAAAGUCUUUCCUUCAACGAAGAUUUCCCCUGACAUUUGCAAUGGCAGCAGUGUCACCACCAGAGUUUGACAUUUAUUCACUGAAAUUAUUAUUGACUGUAAUGAUAUAUAGGUAUUUGAACCAAAAUUCCUUAUGAAUUUAUUUCAGUGUAACUUAGCAUACAUUUUGUUCCAAAAUUCUUUACAGAGAUCCACCAAUCCAACGCCCCUGAGUGGACCAACAGAGAGGAGCGGCUGCCAGAGCUUGGGAGCUCCACGGACCACACGGUGACAACGAGAGCAGAUGAUGGUGUGCUACGUGCUCAGUUUAUACUCCACCCGAGAUUAUAAUGCAGAGGCUGCUGGACCUUGAAUAACGUAUGGCACGAUGCAGUACAAACCGCUGUCGCCGAGAGCUUAGCCGAUACUAUUUCUACCUAAAAGUAACUGCAGUUCGUUCUUCUUAAUGAAAAUCUAUAAGCAAAAUCAGGGCAAUGACAUUAUGCUCAGUUUUUUAGUUCUGCUAGCUUACAGUGCUCUAGCUUACAGUGCCUCUUGCCAAAUGAUACAAAGUGGGUAAUUCUUAGCUUACAGUGCUCUAGCUUACAGUGCGCUAGCUUACAGUGCUCUAGCUGUAGAUCCUAGGUAUCCUCUAUGGGCUUAUGUGGAGAAGCUUGGUGGUGCUUCCUCUGGUAGUGGUAGUCGUGGAGGGAAUGCAAAGUUUCGUUGCAAAUUUUGUAAUAAGGUUUACCUAGGCAGCUAUACAAGAGUGAGGCCUCAUCUCCUUCAGAUAACAAAGAAAGAUGUAGGAACUUGUGACAAAAUUCCGCACUCUUCCUUUGAGCAAAUUUGCAAGGAAGACAAAGCAGCAGCUCAACUCCUUGAACAUGGUACAACAAGGCACACAAUUCCUUUACCGCCCUAUGAUGCAUCUGCUCCAACAAGAAAAAGAAAGCAAACAGCUAUUGCAGAUAGCUUUAAUGCUCUGAUGCUCAUCUUGCUAGAAUGUUUUACACUGCAGGGCUUCCAUUCAAUCUUGCAAGAAACCCGAACUUUAGGGCUGCCAUCACAUUCAUUGCAAACAGUAGCUUAGGUGGGUAUGUGCCUCCAGGAUAUAAUUCAUUGAGGACAACUCUUCUUGAUCAAGACAAGAAACACAUUCAGAGGAGCCUAGAACCCAUUAAAUCAACAUGGCCUUACAAAGGAGUGAGUAUUGCGACUGAUGGCUGGUCUGAUCCUCAAAGGCGACCCAUUUUAAACUUCAUGGCUGUGACCGAAGGUGGCCCAAUGUUCCUAAAGGCAAUUGACACCGAGGGAGAGGAAAAAAGAAGGAAUAUAUCUUUGAGAAGCUACAGGAAGUGAUUGAGGAAGUUGGAGUUGACUGUGUGGUUCAAGUGGUGACGGACAAUGCUGCAAACUGCAAAGCGGCUGGGUUGAUGAUUGAAGCAAAGUACAAGAACAUAUUUUGGACUCCUUGCAUCGUGCAUACUCGCAACCUUGCAUUGAAGAAUAUUUGUGACCCGAAGAACAAUGAGGGCGACAAUUUCUAUCUCUGGUUCAUCAAAAAGGCGGCUGAUGAUGCUUCUUUUAUCAAGAACUUUAUCAUGAACCAUAGCAUGAGACUGUCUAUGUUCAAUGAGUUUAGCAAGCUCAAGUUCCUUCAAAUUGCAGAAACUAGAUUCGCAAGUGUUGUAAUCAUGUUCAAGAGGUUUCUUUUGCUCAAGGAUGCAAUUGUUCAAAUGGUUGUUCAUCCUAAUUGGGCUGCCUAUAGGGAGGAUGAUGUAGCUAAAGCUCAGAGGGUGAAGGACCAUGUUCUGAAUGAUGUAUGGUGGGACAAUAUUGCAUACAUUGUUUCUUUCACUGAGCCAAAUUAUGCUAUGAUAAGGUUGGCUGACACGGACAAGCCAUGUCUCCACUUGAUCUAUGAAAUGUGGGACUCCAUGAUAGAGAAGGUCAAAAUACCUAUAUAUCGGUUUGAAGGAAAGGAGCAUGGGGAAGUGUGUAUCUUGUAUGAAAUUAUUAAAGAGAUCCUUGUUGCUCGUUGGACCAAGAGCAAUACUCCCUUGCAUUGUCUGGCUCACUCACUAAACCCAAGAUACUAUAGUCCAGUUUGGAUUAAUGGAGCCCCUGGACGUGUCAUCCCCAAUGAUGACCAUGAAGUUACAGAAAUGAGAAACAAGUGCUUUAGAAAGUUAUAUCCAGAUCAAGAGGAUUUCAAAACCAUCAAGAGGGAAUUUGCCGACUUUGCUCUUUUUAUGAAUGCCUUUGAAAAUCCUGAUUCAAUUGAAGACAGAGCUGAUUUUGAACCUAAGCAAUGGUGGGGAACUCAUGGAGUCAGCACAAAGCUAUUAAAAAAUUUAGCAUUGAAGCUACUUGGGCAGCCCGCAUCUUCCUCUUGUUGUGAAAGGAAUUGGGGCACUUAUGGCUUCAUACAUAGUGCUGCAAGAAACAAGUUAACACCUGCUCGAGCUGCUGAUUUGGUCUACACGCACAACAACCACCGUCUUCUGUCGAGGAAUUCUCAAGCAUAUCAAACUGGGCCAAGCCGAAUGUGGGACAUUGGGGGAGAUGGAGUUGAGACUUUUGCUGGUGUUGGCAUGCUAGAAUCUGCUGAUCUUUCACUUGAUGAGCCAGAACUGGAGGAGGAAAUAAUUGAUUCUCUCACUUAAGUCUCCUGCCAUUAGCCCGUGACAGACUUGAGAAUCUGAGAGUUUGAGACAAUCAGUCAUUCUCUCCAUUUAUGUUUGUAGCUGUUAUGUACUAUUGAACUACCUAUUUGCCAUUUCCCAUUUGAACCGUUUAUCGUUUAACUAUGUGGCCAUCUGAGCCUUGUUAGCUCCAAUUUAUCAUGUUCUUGCUGGGCUAUUUGACAAUGGGGAUGAGAAUCAAUCAAGAACUUGAUAAAAGAGACACCAAAUGGGGCAGUAUUCUCUUUUCUGAUCUCUUUCUCAUUAAUUUUCUGUCAUAACUUUAUAUUACAUGGCAUAUAUUUCUUUUAUUUUAUAUAUACUCGCCGUAUCCCCGAAUGGCUGUUUUUGAAAAAUGCCGUAUCCCGUAUCCCCGUAUGCGUAUCCUCGUCUUUCCGUCCCCGUGUCCGUGCUUU